AUGGCUGCCGUCUGGAACAUGCAGAAGAUUAGGGUAGUUCACGUCUCCAACAGCACUAAGUUAGAGAGAGCUACAGAAGCGGCCGUCGCACAAGUCAACUCGGAUCUACAAGAUCUCAGUCCAGGGCUCACAGUAGAGGUCAAGCAUCAACUUGUCACCGACGGAAACGUCUUCAGCUUUCACCAAGCAGAACAGCGGUUAGUUGAUGACGGUGCCUGUGCUGUGCUCGUUAUUCCACCCAACUCCGACACCCGCGAAACCUCGUCACAAAACCGGACUAAACUGGUCCCGCGCUUUCAUCUGACCGCAGCGCCGCACUGGCCCCUAGCGGCAGACCUGUAUAUUGCACCACUGUACCGCGUGCUGCAUGACGUCAUCCUGGACCUGAUGACGACAUACUCCUGGCGGUCUGCCGUGGUACUGUAUGAUGAUUCCACAGGUCUCCGCUCUCUGGAGAGACUGUCAGACGCAGUGUCACUGAAAGGUUGGCUGAUGUUAAAGACGAACGUCAAGACCAAGCCAGACCUCACCUUAGACAUCGAGAAAACUAAAGAUGUCAUCGGAAAAUUGCGCAAAUCACACCACAUCACGACUUUCAUACUGCACUGUGGGCUGGGUGUGACCAAAGCUGUGCUGGAACUGGCUUCCUCUAUGCUUCUCCUCAACGGCGAAUCGCACUGGAUAAUAACAAACCCGGAAGUUGGUAAGAAUCCAGAGAUACUGGACAGGUUUACAAACACCGACGUGCUUUUUACGGCACUGCGUCUGCACCAAGAGACAGCAGAACCCGGCAGUGACUUAGAAGACGACCUGGUCCAUGACGCCGUCAUGGCGACAGCGGCGGGAGUGAGGAAGGUUCUAAGUGACGGCGCCUCAGCAGACAGGACCACGUGGUGUGAGGAUGGAACUCUGCUCAACUCUAUUCGUCAGGUUGGUACAUGGACCAGAGGAGUCGGUAUCCAACGCCAUGAGCCAGCUCCUGUACAGAGUCCUUCUUUUGCGUUCCAAGGACGACCUCUCCGUGUGGCGGUUUUCUUGCACCAUCCCUGGGUGAUGUUGAAGAAGGAUUUCCUGGACUAUGUGGGGAUUCAUCAGUUCGAGGGUCUGGCCGUGGAUGUACUGAAGAUGGCAGCGCUGAGGAGAAACUUCAGCAUAGACGUGGUCAUGAACCGUACCUUCAGCUGGGGUGCUCUCACGCGGGAGAGGGUCAAGGGAAGAAGUGACUGGUCGAAAGCUCUACAUCUUUGCUUGAAUACGUAUUAUUUUCAGGCAGACAUAUUUCUCGCCGCUAAGCCCGUGCGGCCCGGUCUGCUGCGGAACUACGAUGUCUCUCCUUUCCUGGCGGAACUGGGUUACGCCAUGUUUGUGAAAAGGCAUGAGCAAAGUCACGUGGGCAUCCAGGCUUUCUUACGCCCCUUCUCCUAUCAGGUGUGGGCUUAUAUCGGCAUCGCGUACAUAGCCAUCAGUCUGCUGCUAAGUGUGGUAAAUGCAGUUAACCCGUACGAAUGGUUCUGGCUAGCAAAGCGCGGCGAGGCCUCCCCACAGGAGGGGGGAACGUACCUUCCCUGGAACAGCCUCUGGAACGUUUACGGUGCUUUUGCACAGCAGGGAGCGGUGACUGUCCCACAAUCCUUUGCUGGGAGGUUCAUCAGCGGUGCGUGGUGGUUCUUCAUGACCGUGAUCGUGGCCUCCUACACUGCGAACCUCGCCGCCUUCCUGACCGGGAGCGCCGACCAACCAACGAUCGGCUCGCUCACAAAUCUGGCCAAUCGGGAUGAGGCAAGCGUUAAAAUUAUCCAGGAGGAUUUUCCCUAUCACACUGCUGGUUACCAACUAUGUGUAUCAAAAUGA